AUGGUACAACGAAAAAUUGGUCAUGCAUUUCAACGAGAGCACAUCACAAAAGGAGGCAAGGAAAGGUUGAUAAACGCGACAGCUACUUGUUCGGUGAUGAGCCAUGCAGACCAGGAGCAAAUCUCAGCAGAGCAGAUUUUAAAACAGGUGUAUGAGAAGAGAAAGACCGUCAAGCCUUCAACAAAAGUGGAUAUACUUGACCUCGAAGAGCUCAAAGAAUAUCAGCGAAGAAAAAGAAGCGAGUAUGAGGGCUAUUUGAAGCGUAAUAGACUUGAUAUUGGACAAUGGAUUAGAUAUGCACAGUUUGAGGUAGAUCAACAUGAUGUAAGACGUGCAAGAUCAAUAUUUGAAAGAGCAUUACAAGUAAGUAAAACAAAUAUACCACUGUGGAUUCGGUAUAUUGAUACUGAAUUGAAGCUCAAGUAUAUCAAUCAUGCAAGAAAUAUUCUGGAUAGAGCUAUAAGUACUUUGCCUAGAGUUGACAAGCUUUGGUAUAAGUACUUGCUGGUGGAGGAGUCUCUAGAGCAGUAUGACAUGGUCAGAGCUCUCUUUGCGAAGUGGAUCUCGUUAGAGCCAGUCUCCAAUGCAUGGGACUCUUUUGUUGACUUUGAAAUACGUCAAUCAAAUUUGGAAAGUGUACGGCAAAUUUAUACGAAGUAUGUGAUGGUACAUCCUCAAUCGGAAACUUGGUUUAAAUGGCUUUACUUCGAAAAAGUAUAUGGUAGCGUUGAAUCGAUUAGAAGGAUAUAUUCUCUUGCGGUCGACACGCUCAUCUCAUUUCAAAAUGUAACGUACGAGAAUGAUACUAUUAAAUUGAUUAUAUCGUUCAUAAAUUGGGAAGCGAGUCAACAGGAAUUCGAAAGAUGCCGGGCACUGCUUAAGAUAUCUAUCCAGAGGUGGCCAAAAAACCAAACACUGAAGAAUGAGAGCGUCAGCUUUGAAAAAAGGUUUGGUGAUGCCAAUUUAGCGGAAUAUAAUGUCGCUUGCAAGAGAAGAUGGCAUUAUGAGAACAAAUUGAAGGAGAAACCAAGAGACUAUGACACAUGGUGGUUAUAUCUUGACCUUGUUGAGAAUACUUUUGUAAGGGAUAUGCCUUCUUCAUUGGAGAAGUCAGUAACCGAGAGUAACCCGAACGAUGUCACUAAAACGACUGCUUGGAAGCAAUAUAUCCUUUUGUGGAUACGAUACUUAACUUAUGUUGAACUUGAUCUCGGCGACAUAUCAUUGUGUCGAAACUUGUAUAAAAGACUGAUAAACGAAAUCAUACCGCAUAAAAAGUUCACCUUUUCCAAGGUAUGGAUGAUGUAUGCUAAGUUUGAAAUAAGGCAAGGUGAUAUUCAGACGGCGAGGAAAAUCUUGGGAAGAUCUUUGGGUAUGUACCCGAAGAAGAAAACCUAUAAAGAAUAUAUUUCACUGGAAAUAAAGAUGAAGGACUUUGAUCGUGUAAGAAAGAUAUAUGAAAAACUUUUGGAGUUUCGACCAGAAGAUGUGGAGACAUGGGUUGAUUAUGCUGAACUAGAGGAAAACUUAGGUGAUGAUGAAAGGUCUCGAGGAAUAUAUGAAAUUGCACUAAAAAAUGCAACCUCCAGCUUUCCACAAGAGGCUAGGGCAAUGCUACUGGAAAGGUACAUUGAAUUUGAAAAUGAUGCUGAAGAAUUUGGAAGGGCUAGAGAGUUAUAUGAAAGGUACUUAGUAGCCAGUGGAUAUUCUCCCAAGGUAUGGAUCAGCUAUGCUUUGUACGAGAGCUCAGCUCCCACUGAAGCCCAAUUGGAAGCGAUACAGCAUUCAAGGGAACAACAAGAGGGGAAUGGGGAGGCAGAGGAAGAAGAAGAUUCGAUUGAAUUUGAGAUAACGGAAGAAAACAGAAGGAAAUCAAGGUCAAUUUUCGAGAGGGCUUUGAAGUAUUUCAGAGAACAUGACGAACCUGCGAAUAGAAUCAUUAUAUUAAAAGGCUGGAUGAGCUACGAAGAGGUAUACGGUAUUCGCGAAAUUCAGAAUGCUGUUAGUGGCAGAAUGCCUAAAACAAUUAUGAAAGAGAACCCUGACGGGACGAAAGAAUUGAAAUACAUAUUCUCUGACGACAAGAACGAUAGACCAAACACCUCGAAGCUUCUGACGCUUGCGAGAAAGUGGCAGGAAGAGCAAGAGUCCAAGAAUGGCGUUGCGUAA